GGGUCACCAUGCAUCAGUUAACAAAACUCUAGAUCGUCUUAGACUGUUUGUGGCCAAUGAACUAGGUUUGGUUGACCAUGUAUGUCUUUUACUGGCUUUAGGCAUUGAAUCUAUAGUAAUUGUUGCUCUCUCUUUCUCUCUGACUUUAGCUUUUUCUUCAAUUUUAACAUUUAGUCCAGGCAUUCAAUCUCGUGGGUGACUGAUUUCCCAAUGUUUGAGUGGAAUGAUUCAGAGCAGAGGCUUGUGGUCUGUGUCAUGUCAUUGUUAUUCUUUCAGUGAUUUUAGUUAAGAAAUUAAUAUCCUCCGUUUGUUUCAGUUUCAAAUCUCGCAGAUCAUUUUGUUGAAAAUUUAGUUACUUUGUAGGCCUUGCAUCACCCAUUUACUGCUCCAAACCCAGAAGACAUGGGGGAUCUUUCUUCUGCUUGUGGCCUUGCUUAUGAUAUGGUUUACAAUGGAGUUGAGAUUGGUGGAGGAAGUUUGAGAAUUUAUAGACAUGACAUCCAACAAAAGGUCUUGGAAAUUAUUGGUAUCUCCCCUGAACAGGAGGAAUUGCUUAUGGCUUGGAUAGAUUAAUUAUGCUGUUAGCAGAUGCAAGUUCCAUCUGGGAUGUCAUAGUCUUCCCAAAGACGACAACUGCUCAGUGUGCCCUCACUCAUGAACCAUCAAUGGUGGAUAGCCAGCAGCUGAAAGAUCUAUCACUGCUGACUCCAUAGUUCUUGUCACAGAAAUCACAUCCAAGCUGUAAUGGGUGAUGAACUGGGAAAAGGGUCCGCACCUAACAAGAGGAACAUCACAGUUCUUUUUCUCUUGAUGUCCAUACCAUAUAUGUAAAUCACAGGCAGAUUCUCUAGUGUCCAAAAUAAGUAUAUCAUUUAAUUGGAGAUAAAACCCAGACAAUUUCCACCUCAAACAUGACAGUGUCCAACUCCUCAAGAGAUUUUGACUUUGUCUCAAAUCCCCUACAAAUACCAACCCAUUUCCCCUGCCUCUAUCUGUGUAUUCAUCUGUAGCCAUGGCGAGGAAAAAGAAUAAGGGGCGUCAGAAGGUGGAGAUGGUGAAAAUGCAGAAUGACAGCAAUCUGCAAGUGACCUUCUCAAAACGUCGGUCCGGGCUUUUCAAAAAGGCCAGUGAACUCUGCACCCUCUGUGGUGCUGAAGCGGCUCUUGUUGUCUUCUCUCCAGGCAAUAAGGUCUUCUCUUUUGGCCAUCCCGGGGUUGAAACUUUGAUCGAUCGUUUUGUCAGCCGGAGCGCUCCUCAAAGUUCCAGCACCAUGCAGCUCAUUGAAGCUCACCGGAACGCCAAUGUACGGGAGCUAAAUAUGCAGCUCACUCAGGUAAUGAACCAACUUGAAGCUGAAAGAAAGCGUGCAGAAGACCUGAACCAGAUGAGGAAGGCGAGCCAGAACUGGUGGGAGGCUCCAGUCGAGCAGCUCAACCUGACACAGCUGCAGCAACUGAGGCAGGCUUUGCAGGAGUUGAAGAAGAAUGUGACAAACCAAGCAGAGGAGGUUCUUUUGCAGAGCACUGCUCCACCACCACCACAACCCCAACAACCACCUAUGCCGCCGCAGCAACAGCAGCAGUUUUACAUGGGGAGUUCCAGUGCUGGUCCUGCAGGAGGUGUCCUUCCUUAUGACCCAAACAAGAACAUGGUUAACAACGUUGGGUUCAGUCCAAACAUGAACAUGAAUCACAUGAUGCCUCCUCAGGGAAUCAAUCCUGGAUUUGGUCAUGGCUUCUUCUAAACUUAAAAUUUAGGGUUUGGAUUUUAAUUAAUUUUCUGCGGAUUAGACCACAUGUUUAAUUUCCUGUAUUGUAUGUCUGUGUUAAAUGCCUCAGGUUUGCGUUUUGACAAUAUGUUAUUGUUUUAAGAUGCUAGCUGUGUGAACUAAUUUAGAUGGAUGUAACAAAGCAACAAAAGCGUUAUGAUAAAUAAGAGGCAUAUUUGUUU